UGCUUGGAGGCCGGGUGGCUUAUUUAACUUCACAUUUUCUGCUUUCGAAACAAUAAACUUAAUUGUAAGAUCGAUCUCCGGUACACAAUUUAACAAAGCAAGACUUUCUUGUAUUAAUUAAAAUCCAAAAGAGAAAAUUACGAUUGCAAUAAAUUUGUUGCACUAGAAUAGUACAAUGGCGACCCUAGCUAUUGGAUCACUUUGUAUGCCAACUUCAUACCGAGUUACGGGAGUAAUUAGAUCAUCGUCUUGGCUGCCCAACGGAGGACAAAGUAGUUCAAAUUUUCUCCAGAUUUCAAAAUUCGAUAACAAUAGCUACAUGGCAUUGCAACAUAGUCGAAUUCUCAACGAACCAUUUACACUAUGCCAAAAUACGUUACAAAAGUUUAAGUUUAAUGUAUCAUCUACCAGCAACUCCGAAUUUAACGCAACUGAAGAUUAUUUAUUAAGUCCCAUGGAAUCAGCAAUCAAAUUUGUGAAUAUUUUAUAUAGGUUCAUAAGGCCGUAUGCAGCAAUUGGAACGGUCUUAUGUGUGACUGCAAUGUCUCUUCUUACUGUUCAGAAGCUUUCAGAUUUCUCCCCGUUAUUCUUCUUGAAAAUCUUGCAGGCUCUAGUUGGAGGCAUGUUCAUGCAAAUGUAUGUCUGUGGCUUCAAUCAGAUAUGCGAUAUAGAACUGGACAAGGUUAACAAGCCAACUCUCCCAUUAGCUGCGGGAGAAAUAUCUAUGAGAACUGCUAUACUCGUAUCAUCAGUUUCAGCUAUCAUGGGCUUAGCGAUAGCAUGGAUGGUAUCUCCUCCAUUGUUUUGGGCUUUCGUUGGAUGGUUUGUGGUCGGGACUGCAUAUUCAGCUAAUGUGCUUCCCUAUUUGCGAUGGAAGAGGUUUCCUUUCACGGCGGCCUUUUACAUGCUAAUGUCUCGGGCAGUAAUUGUUCCAAUUGGAUAUUACUUGCACAUGCAGAAUUCUAUUUAUGGAGCAUCCACAUUACUUUCAAGGCCAAUAUUAUUCGCAGUCGCAAUGCUGAGUGCCUUCUCAAUAUCAACGAUAUUCUUCAAGGACAUUCCCGAUAUUAAGGGAGACCGGAUGCAUGGAAUUAAGUCUCUUGCUAUUAAACUAGGUGAAAAACGGAUAUACUGGAUUUGUAUUUGGAUUCUUGAAAUCGCUUAUCUUGGUGCUGCUUGUGUCGGAGCAACUUUACCCAUUACUUGGAGCAAAUACGUAACGACCGGUAGUCACCUGGCAUUGGCAUUGUUACUUUGGGUACGUGCGAAGUCAGUAGAUCCAAGGGACAUGAAAGCUGUUCAAUCGAUGUAUAUGUUUAUUUGGCAGCUCUUCUAUGUCGAGUAUGGCCUAAUAUCGCUUGUACGCUAAUCAAAUGUUAGAAAUAUAUUUUAUGCAAUGAAUUGCAACUUUUUAUUAACUUAGGGGAUGAUUAUGUAAUUUGUAUUGAAACGUUACAUUAUUUUAUUAUA